CCUUCGGCCAUGAAGGACACACUGUCCGCGGCGGUCGUUCCAGUGCUCGUUAUUGCCUUGAUUAUCUCACACUGGGGCACUAUCUACGACACACUCCAGCACCUCUACGGCUAUUUGAAUACGAAAGUCCUACUCACAAUAAACUGUCUUGUGCUUGUCUUCUAUGGAUUCGUCCUGGCAGGGCUUGUAUUGGAGCCUCGAGAGCGACGCAGAAGGCCGAAAACUCGGUCUAGAUCGAGGAUUAAACGCGACGAACGAAUGCUUGUCCCUCUUCUCGAUGCCCAUGACAAUGUUAUUGGCAUGAUUCCGAAGGACGGCAUCCAAAUUGACAGUGUACAGGCUUCAGCGCCAAAAAUCCGGCCAGAUAACGCUGCUGUCCGAUCGGCAAUAAGAGGCGAGCGGCGGACGUUUCUCCAGUGGGAUGGCUGGCCAAAUGAAGUAUUCCACGCGUGGUUCACUCCGCAAGAUCUCCGGGAAACGUCGAACCUUGCUAUUCAUUGGGUCCACGAAGUAAUUCCUGGCUUUGCCGGUUCUCCACGAGCGCAAACCCCCGAGCGUGGCAAGCAAACUAUCCGGCGGUGCCUCGGGUCUCUUCUUUGUGAUGCUGCGGCGUGUCCAGAGCGCAUGUGUGUUGCACCCGAGAAGACGCUGCGCCAGCGCAUGCGACAACUGACGAUGAAAUGCCCACGAGGGCAUGCACUCAUCUAUCGCCCAUGCGAUGUUGACUUCAUGGUCUAUACCUAUCGAAAUGGCGCACUCAUAUCAAAUAGCGGGGCACAUACACAUGUCCAAUACACUCAUUCCACGACAGGCAACCAAUGGUUUGAGUUCAUCUCCCCGCCACUCCGUGACCUUCGUUCUCCAGCACCAGUGGCUAAGCGGGACAGUCCCCACCGCGCCGACUCAAACGAGCUUGCUCCAGCCGCAGAGCCUGUUCUUGUCAAGGAAAUUGCUGGCAAUCUUGAAGAAGAGCACAACUUAAGCCCCGAGGAGCUAGCCGAGCUGGAGGAGGAUCCAACAGCCAAUGAUUCGGUGUGA